AUGAAGGCUUCUGAGCGUUUACCCUCGCGCAGGAUCACGGUGACCUUCGACUGCGAGAGGGACGGCACGUCGCACACGGUUCAGGCUCCUAUCGGGAAAUCCCUGCUGGAAAUAGCACAUGACAACGAAAUAGAGCUUGAGGGCGCGUGUGAGGGGUCGCUGGCGUGCUCCACGUGCCACGUGAUCGUGGAGGAUGAGGAGCACUACAAGCUGCUGCCUGAGGCCACAGAGGAUGAGCUGGACAUGUUGGACCUGGCCUUUGGCCUCACAGACACGUGA